GGAGAUCGCUCAGGAAUGGUGGAUCACUUGCUGCCUACUGAUGAAUCCUUUUCAUCUACAAGAUCUUCUCUUGGAUACUUUGGGGACAUGACAGCAGGGGUGAGGUCCUACCAAAUGCUACCCUCUCCCCUGUCAGAAGAUGACAGCGACUCCUCCAGCUUUUGUUCUUGUUCUAGCCCUGACUCCCAGGGUCUCAGCUCCAGCUAUGGAAGCACGUCGAGUGCCGAAAACCAGGACAGUAUCUUAGACUACUUACUGUCCCAGGCAUCUUUGGGGAGCACCACUGCAUCAUGGUGGGACAAAAGGAGACUUCAGCCAGUAUUGAAAGAGGAGUACUUUAGGUUGCCUGAAUUUGCUGUGGAUAUGGAAGACUCAGGACCAUUUCAGCCCACGCUCGAGGAAAUUGAGGAAUUUCUGGAGGAGAACAUGGAGCUGGAGCUCAAAGAGAGACCUAAAAGUGAGACCAAGGACUUGAGAGCUUGCAGCCAAGUUUCUGUUGCUUCGCUACAGCAAAAAGACCAUAUGUUACCCAGCACUAGCUUAAAAGAGAGUAAAAAUGAACAGCUGAGCAGCUCAACAGAAGGUGGCCAAGCUUCAAAUGGAGGAAUGACCCUGGAGAAUGGUAUACCAGUUAUGCUUCAAAUUCAACCUGUACAGGUCAAACAGGAGUCCAACACGAGCCCCAGUUCCCAAGGACCAGCACAAGAGAACAUUAAAAUUGCACAGCUCCUAGUCAACAUCCAAGGACAAACAUUUGCCCUUGUGCCUCAAAUAGUUCAGUCAUCCAAUUUGAACUUGUCCUCUAAAUUUGUCCGCAUCGCUCCUGUCCCCAUCGCUGCCAAGCCACUUGGGCCAGGAGGCAUGAUCCAGGGUCAGACGGGAAUCAUCAUGGGUCAGAAAUUUCAAAAGACCCCUGCAGCAGAACUCAUUAAAAUGCACAAAUGUUCUUUUCCUGGUUGUACUAAGAUGUACACAAAAAGCAGCCAUUUGAAAGCCCACCUGAGGAGACAUACAGGAGAAAAGCCUUUUGCAUGCACGUGGCCAGGUUGCGGAUGGAGGUUCUCCAGGUCAGAUGAGCUGUCCCGGCACAGGCGCUCCCACUCGGGAGUGAAACCCUAUCAGUGUCCUGUCUGUGAGAAGAAGUUUGCUCGAAGUGACCACUUGUCCAAACAUGUCAAGGUGCAUCGGUUCCCACGAAGCAACCGCUCCGUCCGCUCCGUGAACUGAUUGCUCCCACUUGCCCCUUCCUGCCCAGCCAUCCUACGACAGCUGAUGACGGCACUUUGCUCACUGUGUUUCUAGUGCUAAUUUAUUUGUCUCCACAGAACAGUCAAUGCUGUUACUUGAUACCACCAUGUCUGAGUGUCCUAUGUCCUUUAAAGAUGAUUUGAGAAUGAAGUUCUUUUUGGGUCAA